AUGGCCGCGGAGCUGGCGAUGGGCGCCGAGUUGCCCAGCAGCCCGCUGGCCAUCGAAUACGUCAACGACUUCGACCUGAUGAAAUUCGAGGUGAAGAAGGAACCGCCCGAGGCCGAGCGCUUCUGCCACCGCCUGCCGCCCGGCUCGCUGUCCUCGACGCCGCUCAGCACGCCCUGCUCUUCUGUUCCCUCCUCGCCCAGCUUCUGCGCGCCCAGCCCGGGUACUGGCGGCGGCGGCGGCGCGGGGGGCGGCGGCGGCAGCGCGGCGCAGGCCGGGGCCACCCCGGGGCCGACGAGCGGAGGCCCGGGCGCCGUCGGGGGCGCCUCGGGGAAGCCGGCGCUGGAGGAUCUGUACUGGAUGAGCGGCUACCAGCACCACCUCAACCCCGAGGCGCUCAACCUGACGCCCGAGGACGCGGUGGAGGCGCUCAUCGGCAGCGGCCACCACGCCGGGCACCACGGCGCGCACCACCCGGCGGCCGCCGCGGCGUACGAGGCUUUCCGGAGCCAGGGCUUCGGGGGCGGCGGCGGCGCGGACGACAUGGGCGCCGGCCACCAUCACGGCGUGCACCACGCCGCCCACCACCACCACCACCACCACCACCACGCCGGCGCGGGCCACCACGCCGGCGCGGGCCACCACGGCGGCGGCGGCGCGGGCCACCACGUGCGCCUGGAGGAGCGCUUCUCCGACGACCAGCUGGUGUCCAUGUCGGUGCGCGAGCUGAACCGGCAGCUCCGCGGCUUCAGUAAGGAGGAGGUCAUCCGGCUGAAGCAGAAGCGGCGCACGCUCAAAAACCGCGGCUACGCGCAGUCGUGCCGCUUCAAGCGGGUGCAGCAGCGGCACAUUCUGGAAAGCGAGAAGUGCCAGCUCCAGGGCCAGGUGGAGCAGCUGAAGCUGGAGGUGGGGCGCCUGGCCAAGGAGCGGGACCUGUACAAGGAGAAAUACGAGAAGCUGGCGGGCCGGGGUGGCCCCGGGGGCGCGGGCGGGGCCGGGUUCCCGCGGGAGUCCUCGCCGCCGCAGGCCGGGCCCGGCGGGGCCAAGGGCGCACCCGACUUCUUCCUGUGA